AAGGAGGUGUUGCCGGAAGGGGUGAGUCUGAUUGGCCGGGCGGGGCCGACGGCGUGCGGCAAACAUGGCGGAGCGCGCGAGGAAGCGGCCCUGUGGUCCGGGUGAACAUGGCCAAAGGGUGGAGUGGCGGAAGUGGAAGCAACAGAAAAAAGAGGAGAAAAAGAAGUGGAAGGAUCUCAAGAUGACAAAGAAACUGGAGCGACAGCGAGCGCAGGAGGAACAGGCAAAGCGCCAACAGGAGGAAGAGGCAGCUGCCCAGAGCGAGGAUCGGGGGCGGCACUACACCCUGAGCGUGGCCCUGCCAGGCUCUAUUCUGGACAAUGCCCAGUCACCAGAGCUUCGCACCUACCUGGCCGGCCAGAUCGCCAGAGCCUGCGCCAUCUUCUGUGUGGAUGAGAUUGUGGUGUUCGAUGAAGAAGGCCAAGAUGCCAACACUGUGGAGGGGGAAUUCAGGGGAGUCGGCAAGAAGGGGCAGGCGUGCGUGCAGCUGGCCCGGAUACUGCAGUACCUGGAGUGUCCACAGUACCUAAGAAAGGCCUUCUUCCCCAAGCAUCAGGAUCUGCAGUUUGCAGGGCUCCUGAACCCCUUGGACAGCCCUCACCACAUGCGCCAGGAUGAGGAGUCCGAGUUCCGAGAGGGCGUUGUGGUGGACCGGCCCACCCGGCCAGGCCAGGGCUCCUUUGUCAACUGUGGCAUGAAGAAGGAGGUGAAGAUUGACAAGAACUUGGAGCCUGGACUUCGGGUGACGGUGCGGCUCAACCAGAACCAGCUCCCAGAAAGCAAGACCUAUCGGGGGAAGGUCGUGUCGUCGCAGGACCCUCGGACCAAAGCUGGUCUCUACUGGGGCUACACAGUCCGCCUGGCCUCCUGCCUCAGUGCUGUGUUUGCUGAGGCCCCCUUCCAGGACGGCUAUGAUCUGACCAUCGGGACGUCAGAGCGAGGCUCAGAUGUGCCCUCCACCCAGCUUCCCAACUUCAGGCACGCUCUUGUGGUGUUUGGGGGCCUCCAGGGGCUGGAAGCUGGAGUGGAUGCCGACCCCAACCUGGAGGUGGCUGAACCCAGCGUCCUCUUCGACCUGUACGUCAACACCUGCCCCAACCAGGGCAGCCGCACCAUCCGCACAGAGGAGGCCAUCCUCAUCUCCCUGGCUGCCCUGCAGCCUGGCCUCACCCAGGCAGGUGCCCGGCCCAGCUGAAGGUUCUGUGGGGCCCAGGAUGGCAGAAAAGCAGCAAUGAAGCCAGAGGAUCCCACGGAUUGCCUGGACAGACACACUGGAGACUUGCUUCCAAAAAUAAACACUUUUAAGUUGAUUCAGUCCCCCAAGCCCACAGUCCAGCUGGGGCUGCCCUUACUUGCUGCCCGCAGUGAUGGCCUUCAGGCUGCCCGCCCGUGCCAGGAUGUUUGGCACAAACAGCAGUCCCGAGGCCCGCUCAAUGCUCUCGAUGGGCACCAGGAAGCGCUCCAGCGGGAUCGCCUCAUCCACCGGUGCAUUGGGCAUCACAUAGGAGCGGAGUUCGAUCUGCCCGCCUGCGGCCUCCAGGAUCAGAACCUUGAAGAAGUGGGUGGGCACCGCCACGUGGUUCUUGCCAAUGACUUGGUACUUCACGUAGGACUUCCCAUCAGCCUCUGUCCUGUGAGCAGACCCAGCCACAUGGCCUUUCAGGACUCCCAGGGGGCUUGUUCAGACCCAAGGCCACCACCUCCAGGCAGCCUUCCCUGAUUGGACCUCCAGUUUGUGUCACCUGCAGGACCACCCUCUCAGCGUCAGGCUUCUCUGCCCGGCUUGGCUUGCCCAGGAGAUUGGGAGCCCCGGCAGGGUAGAGACUCAUUCCUCCCCUGUUUUCCUCAUGCCCGACACUGUGUUCAGGGAGAGUGGGUGGUGGCAAUAAAUGCUGCAGAAAGAA